AAGUGACAACGAUGAUGAAGGCUAACGCUUUGCAUGCAACGCGCCGUGUUGCGACCGCGUGGGCGAAUCGCGCGAUGGUGAUGAUGGCAGCUGUCUUGGUCUGCAAUCUUGUUUUGUGCGCCGCUGCGCUUCGCCUCGACGUCGUGCAGCCCAACUGCGCGUCCUCCACCACAACCACCUCACUGACACUCACUGGCAACUUUGGCGCCGUGUCUCCGAGUGCCGGCGAUGUCAAGUGCCUGCUCGGAUCCACCCGUCAGUUUGCCGUUUCCGCCGCAUGGUCGUCCACCUCUGUGACGUGCACCAUUCCCUCCCUCACCGCUCUUCUCAAUGCCGGCGUCGACCUCGUCACUCGCGACUUUUUGUACCAGCCUCUGCGCGCCAACUAUGCACAGUUGCGUGUCACACUUGACAACAAUGCCACGGCCGUCGACUCCUGGGUCGCGGUCUUCUUCCCCACCACGUCCACGCUCGCCUCCCUCACUCCUGACCGUGGCCCAACAACUGGCAACACUGUCGUCACGAUUGCCGGCACAAAUGUCCUCGACAGCCGCGACCUUCGCUGCAAGUUCAACGGGCAAGAAACGGUCGGUGCUUACGUGGACAGCACUCACUUGCAAUGCCCGACUGCUCCUCAAGGCUCGGCUGCAAACGUGAACAUCGAAGUCAAGUCAACUCCCAAGCACAUUAGCAUGGCCCACCUGUUUGACGGUGUCAACGACUUUAGCGUCGCGCCCAUUCCAACUUCGCUCCUUCAGUUCAACUUGACUGUUGAGAUUUGGUUCCGCCCUGCCACGCCCGUUGGCUUGAUCCAGGCUCUGGUUGACAGCUGCGUGCCUGGCGAAACUCCAGAGACAAACUGCAACUUUUGGAUUGAAACUGGCAAGGCUGUUGCAGACGGCAUCCAUGGCGAGAUUGGCAUUGGUCACGAGUUUGGGGCGGGCAGCAAUCAGCAAUAUGUGUACUCGGGGACCUUGGACAACACUUACAAGAACAAGUGGACGCACAUUGCGCUCGUGCGCGAAGUGUGGGACAACACUACCAUCGAGUGCUCUGGAUCGUCUUGUCCCUUCGUUGGCGAGUACCGCACGUACGUCAACGGCGAGCUUCUGCUUCCCACCUACAAGUUUACCGUCAACACUGAUUUUGGCGAGACCAACACGUACGUUGGCUCGCUUUACACGACGUCGUUCUACAACGGCGGCAUGGAUGAUUUCCGCAUCCUCAACUACCCCAUGACGCAAGCGCAAGUUCAGCAGUCGAUGGAGGAGGUUUACUCGGGCUUUGAGGACGGCGUGCUUGUUUCGUGGGAUUUCGAGCCCAACAACCAAGAUUUUGACGUCCUCACGUACAACGCCGAUGGCGUGACACCCAACACGUACACCCUCUACGCCCUCACGCCCUCGAACGUGGACGUCAGCCGCCAGCUGAACAUGGGUGGCGGGACGAAUGUGUUCAUUCCGAGCAUCAUCCAGACCGUUGCUUUUGCCGACUACCCGAGCUCUGCCCCGACUCUGAACUUUUUGUACUACACGCCCGAGACUAUUACCACCUUUGCACCCAUGCACGGUGUUGUAUCUGGCGGCACGGUGGUGACUAUUCAAGGCACUGGCUUUUUGAACUCGACCUACCUGUACUGCCGCUUUGGUAGUGCCACCGCAACUCCAGCAACCUUUAUCGAUGCAACCACUCUGGAGUGCACCGCACCCGCCUUCACGGCUUGCUCGCAGAGCUCUGACAGCUUGAGCAUUCCCGUUUACGUGUCAAACAACAACCAACAGUUUGUCGUCUCGUCAACCAAUUUUACCUACUACCAGGCACCGACAAUCCAAAGCGUGGCUCCUUCGCAGGCACCACUCGCUGGUAAUGUGCCAGUUACCAUCUAUGGCUCCGGCUUUGUGAAUACCCCCGAGUUCCGCUGUCUGUUUGGCGUUAUUGCUGUUGUGCCUGUUAGCGUCACUGCAACCUCUGCAGUUUGCGUGACCCCAGACAAUCUGCCUGAGGGUGCUGUUGUGGCAAGUGUGACGAUCGACGGCCAGACAGCGACGACUUCGCAAGUGAUUUUCACGGCAUUCGACCAAUGGUCGCAGAUCGAGUCGACGGCUGUUGGUAUUGCCAUCAUUCUCGGCAUUGGCUUUGUGAUGGUCGUUUGCGUUCACAUCUGGCUAUUUAUCAACCGAAAUCACAAGAUUGUCAAGGCAUCUGCGCCUCUGUUUGGCCAGUUUAUUCUGUUCGGGGCGUACCUCGGCUUCGGCGCGGUUGCCGCCUUCUUCCCCACGCCGACAGACGCCUCUUGCACUGUCGGUAUCUGGUUUGUCUUCCUCUCGUUCACCUUCAUGUUUGCAAGUCUGUUUAUCAAGAACUGGCGCAUCCAGCGCAUCUUCACUAACAAAAAGAUUGGCAAAACUGCAUCGCGCAACCUUAGCGACGAUCGCCUCGUCUUGUUCUUGUUCAUGCUCGUGACUGGUAUGGUUGCCAUCCUCGCGGCUUGGACUGGCACGUCGAACGAUAAGGUGGAUAUCCACGAUGACGGCUUUGCCUCCUGCUACGUCAAUCCUACUUUCCAAGGCAUCCUGUUUGCCUACAUGGGUGUGAUGUUGCUGUUCGGUAUCGUUCUGGCCUUCCGUACCCGCAACAUUCAGGACGUAGCAUUCAAUGAGAGCAAGAUGAUUUCAGUGGCCAUCUACAAUGUCGCUUUUGUCACCAUCAUCAUGAUUCCGCUGGUCUCGUUCACCACGGAUGUCCGUGCUCUCCUCGUGAUGAAGAGCGUCGGUAUUCUGUUUGCCGUCCUUGUGACUGUCGGUUUGGUGUUCUUCCCCAAGAUUUGGGCCGUCGCCAUGCAUAAGCGUCGCGCGGCUCGUGCUGCUGGCUCGUCCGACGCACAACCGACGCCCUCUGGCUCAAACCCCAACGGCGUUUCUGGCCGCGCGAACUCUGUUCAUCAUUCAUCGGGAGAUGGCUCUCAUUCCAAAAACGAACGGUCCGAGCGACUCAGCAUGAAGAAGCCCGAAGUCAAGACCGAAGUCGUCAUUUACGGUUAACAACUUGGGUUGAUGUUCUUUCAGGACCCGGCGCUGAUGCUGGAGUUGUUGGCUUUGUUGUGUUACAUUCUGUCGUUUUGCACGUUGUUUCGCUUUUGUUGUUUUCGCUGGCCGAUUUUGCUGGGUGUUUUUUUUUUCUGUUUUUGGAUCUGAUGUAUUAUUUUCGCAACAUG